GGUGGGUGCCGCCGCCGCCGCCGCCGCCGCGGAGCUGCUGCUCGGCGCGUUUUGCAUGAAGAUGGCGGCUCCCACCGCCAGCAAGGCAGCCUCCCUGGGCUGUAACAACAAGCCUGCCUUCCCGGAGCUGGAUUUCAGGUCGGGAGCUCGGGUGGAGGAAUUGAACAAACUCAUCCAAGAAUUCACCAAACACGAUCAGCGGGAAUACGACGAUCAGAGAGCGCUGGAGAUCCACACAGCCAAGGAUUUCAUCUUUUCCAUGCUGGGAAUGGUGCAGAAGCUGGACCAAAAGCUCCCGGUGGCUAAUGAGUAUCUGUUGCUGUCCGGAGGCGUGCGGGAAGGUGUAGUGGACCUGGAUUUAGAUGAGCUGGACGUCUACGCCAGGGGCACUGACUAUGACAUGGACUUUACCCUGCUGGUGCCAGCCCUGAAACUCCAUGACCGAAACCAACCUGUGACGCUCGACAUGCGCCACUCGGCCUUGUGCCACUCCUGGCUGAGCCUGCGUCUCUUCGAUGAGGGCACCAUCAGCAAAUGGAAAGACUGCUGCACCAUCGUGGACCACAUCAACGGCGCCACCAACUACUUCUUCUCUCCUACCAAAGUGGCUGACUGGUUCUACGACUCCAUCAGCAUCGUCCUAGCCGAGAUCCAGAAGAAACCCCAGCGGGGGAUGCCAAAGGUGGAAAAGGUAGAGAAAAACGGGACCAUCCUCUCCAUCAUUCUGGGCGUGGGGAGCAGCCGCAUGCUGUACGACAUCGUCCCUGUGGUAUCGUUCAAGGGCUGGCCGGCAGUGGCGCAGAGCUGGCUCAUGGAGAACCAUUUUUGGGACGGGAAGAUCACGGAGGAAGAGGUCAUUAGUGGGUUUUACUUGGUGCCUGCCUGCUCUUACAAGGGCAAAAAGGACAACGAGUGGCGGCUGUCCUUUGCCAGGAGCGAGGUGCAGUUGAAGAAAUGCAUCUCCAGCAGUCUCAUGCAGGCUUACCAGGCCUGCAAAGCCAUCAUCAUUAAACUCCUGUCGCGGCCCAAGGCCAUCAGCCCCUAUCACCUGCGGAGCAUGAUGCUCUGGGCCUGUGACAGACUUCCCGCCAACUACCUGGCUCAAGAAGACUAUGCGGCCCAUUUUUUGCUGGGCCUCAUCGAUGAUCUGCAGCACUGUCUGGUCAACAAGAUGUGCCCCAAUUAUUUCAUCCCCCAGUGCAACAUGCUAGAGCACCUGUCGGAGGAGACCGUUAUGCUGCAUGCUCGCAAGCUGUCCUCCGUGCGCUCCGAUCCGGCCGAGCACUUGCGCACUGCCAUCGAGCACGUCAAGGCCGCCAACCGACUGACGCUGGAGCUGCAGAGGCGGGGCAGCACCUCCAGUACCCCCUCCCCGCAGUCCGACGGGGGGGACCCCAACCAGCCUGAUGACCGCCUGGCCAAAAAACUGCAACAACUGGUGACUGAGAAUCCGGGGAAAUCCAUUUCUGUCUUUAUUAACCCCGACGAUGUCACACGGCCUCAUUUCAGAAUCGAUGAUAAAUUUUUCUGAGUAUUUUCUUUCUGUUGUUGUUGUUACUUUGGCUGUUUUUGUCCUCCUGGUUCUAAAACUCUCUGUCUCCUGUAGCGUGUGUGUACUAGGUGGUUCUGUCCUUCCAGUUUUUUGUUUGUUUGUUACAUAUCCAGCUUCGAUUGGAUUUGUUAAGGACAAACAGUUCAAAGUUUCCUGGUUCUGCAGGAUGGUGCAGGCUCUGAAACAGUAUAUUACUAUUUCAUGUUCUGCCUCCUGGUUUUGUGGCUUGCGUUUUCUUAGUUGUCGUUAUAGCCUUUUUCUUUGUUGAUUUGUUGUUCGUUUGUUCGACUUUUUAAGGAGAACUUGAGCCAUAGAUGAACAAACACGCCCAUAAACCCUCUCAUGUUUUGUUUUUUACUUUGUGCGUAUUUUCAAGUGGGUCCCAGGAAGCAAACUUCUUUCUGACACUUACGGAUUCUAUACCUUUGGUUGGGUUUUUGCCUUUAUAUUUCUAAUGAGUUUUCAUCACUGUGGAUACCGGAGAAACUGGACCUGGGGACAGUCUGGCGGGUUGGCUGGAUUUAUUUCUUCUGCCAGAGUGCUUUCCCCAGCACGCAAUGUAAACUUUGGAGGUAAUAAUGCAACCGAUUGCAGAAACUUCGUUGAAUGUAAUUGUCCUCGAGUCAGUGAACAUUGGAGGGUUUGGAGGGUACGUUUCAUAGCUUUCCAAGCAGAAUUAAGGUUUCCAAAUGUCAUUUUUAGCGUGUGUAAUUAUUUGAAGCCUUAUUUAAACCCUAUUAAAGGACAUACCAUUAUAAUUGUUAUUUGCACUAAUGAAACCUUUGCCAUUGUCCAAGUUGCAAUGUGCGUUUCAAUACAAGUUGACACCUACUGUUGAUGACAUACAGUCAUGGUUUUCAUUUAGCCUAUUUCUCUCAGUCAAAUGACCCUUUACAUUUGGUUCAGUUCUCCUUUAAUUGUAGGGUGUCCUUUUGCCCCCUGUGGAGUUCCUGGUUCCUGUCUUACUGAGA